GAGCUGUGAGUUGUUUAGUAGCGCAUCAAGUGUUCUAUUAGUUACAGUUAUAUAAAAGUGAAAGUUAUUUUAAAAUUAUUAUUCGAAACUUUUUUAAGACUACGUUCAUCAGCUCCGAAAUGAACUCGACAAUGCGUUAUGGUUUGGUGUUGCUGAUUGCCUUGGCUAUGUUAACAGCUAAUAUCGCUGCAGCAAACUCCCGACCACCAAGGAAUAAUGACAUUAGCAACAUGGCUGAUGCACUCAAAUACUUGCAAGACUUGGACUCAUAUUACGGCGAUAGGGCAAGAGUCAGAUUCGGAAAGCGCACUUCUCUAAUACAACUUUUGCGUAGUCAUUUGCUGGAUAACUCGGAAAUGGCUCAUGCUGCUGAGUUGCCGGCUGCAGAAGAACCGUUUUAAAUCAUUUAAAUCAGCCACGAAUUUCCGAAUUUCUACCACAUUUAGUACCAGCCGAAAACAGUAUUUGAAAUGUAUCGUGUAAAUAUUGUGUGAAGAGCAUAUAAAAUACAUAAAAUAUUAAAUUAAUACUUAAAAAUAACUAAACAUAAAUGAAAUCUUUUGGGGCACACUCAAUGAGGUUGUAACUCUCAGCAUAUGUAUAAUAAUUAACCAAUAUUAUAUGUAAU